UGCGGACGUGGCGGCACGGCCGCCAUCGCGGCGGGUCCCAUCCGCAGCGGGCGCAAGUAGAGCCGCGGAACGGGGCGGCGAGGUCAGCUGGGCAGGGCAGGGCAGGGCACUGCUCUCACCUUCCCGCGGUGACCUGGCCGGCGCUCGCUGCGCCGGGAGAGAACUGAGCGGGGGCGAGGAGGAGGAGCCGGAGGGGGGCUGCCCGCGGAGGGCGCCACGCCUGCGGUCCAUUCCACAGGGCCACCCGCGGAGCAUGGCCGCCAGAGGCGCCGGCAGCGGCCCGCAGCCGCCAGCCGUGGCGCAGCCGCUCGGUGGCGGUCACCUGUACCCCUUCGUGAGCGCGGAGAGCGAGGGGCCGGAGGAGGAGGGCGAGGUGUCGGAACUGCGGCCGCGGGGCAGGGAGAAGGUCCGGCGGAGCGCGUCGAGGGACAGGCUGGAUGAUAUCGUCCUGCUGACGAAGGACAUCCGGGAAGGGGACACGCUGAACGCGAUCGCGCUGCAGUUCUGCUGCUCGGUUGCAGAUAUCAAGAGACUUAACAAUCUUAUCAACGAUCAAGAUUUUUUUGCCCUGAGGUCUAUCAAAAUUCCAGUGAAAAAGUUCAGUGUAUUGACUGAAACGCACAUGUCUCCAAAAGGAAAACCAGCUCUUCGGCCUGCUCUGUGUUCCCCAGAAGUACAGGAAACAUCUCUUUGUGAUAAAUUCUCUGCUAAUGAGACUGCUGGCAACUUCUUAAAAGAAGUCGAUCGAGAUAUAGAAGAAAUAGUGAAAUCUAAUGAUACAAAGAGAGAGAAUCUGAAUGAAGUUGUUUCUGCUUUAGCAGCCCAACAGAUCUGUUUUGAAACUGAUGGUAAAACUAAAAAAUGCAAGGAUCCUUACUACGGAGCAGACUGGGGUAUAGGAUGGUGGACAGCAGUAGUGAUUAUGUUGAUUAUUGGCAUAGUAACUCCAGUUUUUUAUCUCCUGUAUUAUGAAGUUCUAGUGAAAGCAGAUGUCAGUCAUCAUUCUCCAAUGGAAUCUUCCCAUUUGUUUGUCACAGCAGUAUCGCGUCAGAAAGAAAUAGAAAACGGAAUAAAUCCAACAAAUAUUAUGGAAGUUGAUAAUCAAGGAGACAUUCAGCAUUAAUAAUGGAAGAUCCUAGAGAACUGUUAUUUGUAGAUACAUAACAUAACCUUAUAUAAAGGGCAAUCCACAGAAUGCAAAAUGCACUUGGAAUGCAGAGAAAAAGUGUACUGAUGUGUGUCUUGCCUUUAUAGGUAGUGUUCCACUACAAGGAUAUUUCUGGGGAUCACAUAAUCUCUGAAUAUGGCUGUGACAAUUUGCAAGAUUGGGGUGUAAAUUGAGGUAUGAAGUCAUCUCUGAAGCUUUGCACUUUUUUUCUAUUUUGAUAGGCUUGUUUCUUAAUUAAUGAUGAGGUGAAAAAAUGUAGUUCAAACUAAUACACAAGGAGUCUCACUGUGAGUGUGUUUUACAGCCCAGAAAUGGGCAUAUGGGGAUAUCUAACUUUUAAACAUCUGAAAGUAUUUAUAGAAUUGAUAGUACACUUGACAUUUUAAUAUCAGGUUUACAGCUGUAAGUUAAAAUGAUGUUCUCAUAAGUUUAUCUAUCUUAUAGAGUAAGUUUUUUUUUAAAACUCAAUCAUUCCAUAAUUAAUUGCCACUAUGAAGUUCUUUUUUACAGCUGACUAUUAUAGAGGCAGUAGCAAAUACUUAAGCUGGAAUCUUGAAAUCUUGAGCCUAUGGUCAAUCUGUUGUUUAGUACUUUUCAGUAUAGGCACUAGGGUAAUUUGCUUUUCUCUGUGUGCCUGAACACAGUCCAGUUAGGAGUCUUCCUGAAACUUUACAUUAUUCCUUGGUAUCCUGCUGAAAACUGACUGGAUUGCAUUCUCAUCUGUGUGUAGAAUGAAAGAAGUGCAGAAGUGUGGCACCAUGUAACUGCCCCAGUAGUCCUUAUUUUCUGCUAAUAGGCUUAUUUUUUUUUCCCCCUCCAGUUAAUCUCAGUUCAGGACCAACUGAUUCUUCAGAGAGCAGUCAUGUGGGUACUGAGCAUGCUAAUAUUGGUCUCAUGCCCAUGAACCUCAAGCACUUAACUUUUUCCUGAAAUAUCCUAGAAAACUUCAAAUUAUAUUUAAUGCCUGCUAGCAAAUUGCAGCAGAAUAGACAGCUUGCACCUUCAGAUUUGUUCUUUACAUAUUAGUGUUUUCAUUAACGAUUCUGUUCUUGAAUGUUUCUCUUGGAGUUUCAUGAUCAACUUUGGUUUUCCCCUCUUUUUUUCUUCUCCAUCUGAAAAUGCUACAAGAUAAAAAAUAAAACAAACAAAAAAACAAUUUAAAACCCCACACCUCUGGACUCUUCCUACCGAAAGGAGGUACUUGUGUACUCAGAAUACUUUUAAAUAAAAACUGAGGUGGUGCCUAUAAUUCUUUUUCUUAUAUUUGCCUUGUGGACCAAGAAUUCCAUUGCCCUGGUGAAAAUAGUAUUUAUUACCAAAACCCAAGAUAACAUACUUGAUUAGGAUUUAAAAGGAAAGAAGUGAAAAAACAGUAUCCUCUAAACUACUAUUGUAAACUUUCCAAUGAGUGUCUUGACUAUGUAUACACAGUAUAAAAAGUCAGGAAAAGUAAAUGUGUUAUAACUAUUGAGGUAUUCCAAAAUGCUUUACCUGAUUCUGAGAGUAAAGACUUAGGCCCCAUCUAUUCUUGGGGCACCUGUUGCCCCAAGAAGUUGAGCAGAUAGUCUUCACUGGCAUGCCAAGUGUAUGAACAAGAAUUGGCUAACUUGUAUUAUAUUGAAAUUGAGGCAGGCCAAAGAAAAAUUGUGUACAGUUAGGUACCUGAACUACGAUCUGUGACUGUUGAACAUUUUGAUUAAAGGAGCAUCUGUGGAGUUAGUGAGCCUACUCAUAGUCUCCACACUAGAAAAGGGAUUUCAAACAGCAUGAACUUGAUGGUUUGCAUAACAUUUGUUUUCAAAGAUCUUUUCCAGGGUUGUUCUUUUCAUUAAGAGAAUAUGCCAGCUUUACAGCUUUUUUACAAAAUACAACACAACUGGUAAUUCAUCAUUACAUGUCAGCCCUGAAUAAACAGGGUAACUGCUCUCUGCGGAACUUAAAUCUGAUUCAAGUUAAAAUCUGUGAAGUUAGUCUUUUAGAAGCUGACUUCUUAAAUAAACAAAAGAAACCCCAAAAGCAAACAAAAAAAAGAGCCAAACUCCCCCACAAAAACAUGGAAUAAUUGAGUUGUAAAUCACUUUUUGGAUUAAUGCAACACAUUGUUCAGGAAAUGGGUUUUGAACUUACAGUGUUGGAUCAUAUAAAAUCUAAAUGUUUUAAGUCUGGUAUACUCUGGAGUAAGUUCUCACAAAUAGUCUUUGUAAGUUUUAUAAGGGCUGAAAAUACAACUUUGUGAAAUACUUCUGAUUGAGGAUGCAAGUCUUAUUUUAAAUACUUUUGCUCCUCUGCUUUUCAAAGAACAUAAGUAAUAUAUGUAAAAUAAAGAUUUUAUUAUGGACUGCAGUGAAAAUAGUGCAUCUAAUAUAUUUUUAGUUUUACAUACUUUGCAUGUUUUAUUACAGCAGGCCACUACUUGUAUUUGAUUAGGCCAAUUUUUAUGUAUGAUGUACAGUAAAAAUUCGUGGCCAGCAAGUACUUUGUUGGCAGUAGCUGCAUAUAGCAUUCCUAUCUAGUAUACCAUAACUGCAGCCUUUAUGGUUUAUUCUGUUCAUGCCUUGUAAACUUUGAACUUUUCUGCAUAAAUUUCAGACAACUUGUUAGUUCUCAGAAACAGGUAUGAACAACUGAGGGAUGGAUCAAUGAUGUUCUUAGAUGGUGAGAUGACACUGAAAGCAAUAUAAAUUAAGAUUUGAAUCUAUGCCUGUCCAAAUUUGAAAUCUGCUGAAAACCAAAGAAGAGUCAUAAGCUUUGUUGGUAUUAUAGUCUUGCAAUGAAUUCUAAAAAAUCAGAAAAUCAGCUUCUGAAAAGAGAUGCAAGCAUUACACCUCUGUAAGAGCACAAUCUCACCUCUUUUCAGAAGUGCCUUAGCACUGUGUCUUGCCGUACUUGUUCCUAAUCGAUGACCUUAUUUACCAUAGCUAAACUAAUCCUGGAGGGUCCAACCCAAGACUUUGCAAUUCCCUCUGGAGGAAGAGGUGACUGCAGUUUACCUCUUAAAGGACUCAAAAUUACUUGAUUUUUAAAAGAGUAAGGUUUCUCAACAGUAGUUGCAGUAGAAAGUGCAAUAGGAAGGCAGUUACCCAUUAGCAGAAUGAUGAAUGGUGAAAGUAAUUGGUCCUCAAGAAUUACUGUCUGCUGCAGAAUAAGAUACUGUACUUGUUCAGGCAAGCCACAACUUGUCAACAAAUCGUUACUCAUGCAGUAACUCUUUUCUAGUGUUAAUUUUAUAGUUCCAUCUUUGACAAAAGCCAUUUAUUUACAUUCCUUUUGUAGGGGGCAAGGAGUCUUAUCGUUCAUCUUGCAUGGGGAGAACAGCUAACAGAAGCAGUUAUAGUCACAGCAGGUGAAUUCAGUUUUCACCAUACUUGCUUCAUUCACAUCUUCCGUCUGUGUUUUGUUUAUCACACAAAAGAAACGGGCACACAUUCAAGAAACAGCUGUUGCUAUGUGUGGUGUUAAAAAAAAAAUUAACUGGCAGAAUACAUUUCCUGUGCAAUGCAGCUGAAUGUUUAUUACACCUUGCAGUCAACAACACUUCAAAUUAAAAGUGGUAUACCUCUGAGGUGUGACCUGCAUAGAAUUUUAGUUUAAUUUCCUUUAUAUAUGAUAGGUAUUUUAUCAUAAUAUUUGAAAAUUACACCUUAAGGACCAAAUUCUUGCUGCAUACAGAUGUUCACAGAAUAAUGCAAAAUUGUUUCCCAGUCACCAGUGAGGUUAAUUACCUUUUCAAAGAAAAUAAAACCUCAAAACCAACCAACAAAGAAAGCCCGAAACCCCUGACUGCUAAUAAUGUAGGAGAAAUAAAAUAGUAUUUUUUGCUAUCAAAAAAACGUAAGAUACAGAGAAUGUGCUGUCACAGUGUUCUUCAAAUAUCUAAUCUCACUAAUAACACUAUUUCAACACUGCAGCUGUUCUCAAAUAAAAAGGAUGUUUCCAAACAUUCAGCUUUUUCUUAGCAUUCUCUUAUUUUUCAAAUUAAAACAUGCAUUAAAAUACCACAUUCCUUUCCUAUAUUUAGAGGUUUAUUAUUGCUUUUUUUAUCUGUUUCUGUCUAGUUUGUUCUGUAGGAAAGUAAACAAGUACAUCAACAAUUACAUAGAUAACUAUCAUCUGCCAGCUCACUUUACAGCUCUAGGUAAGAAAGUAUUGCCCUAACAGGUGGAGAAACUGAGGCAAAGGGCUCAAAUUUUCAUCACUAGUGAGUGCACCAGUCUAAAGCAGGCAUCCAUAAUUUCUUAAAUUCUGCCACAUAUUUUUUCUAAGCCAAAUAAUCCUUAAUUAUGGUUUAUGCUGAUUCAUAAAGGGAAUAUAUUUUACUGUGUUCCUUUUUACCAGAAUACUAAAGGCAUUAUGUCUAACUAGACAAAUGGUCCUUCAAAUUAUUGUCAUGUUAUUUGCCUAUAUUACCAAGGUCCUUCCAAGUCAGUUUAUAUGGAAGUACAUAGUUGUCAAUUGUUUUCAGUUACCUGAACUCAGAAGUUUACAUGAAGUUCUUCAGAGGAGUCAGCUGCCAACAAGCAGUUUAUGUCCCUAAAGAUUAUAUGUAUUUUUUUUUGCAAUGGUCAUCAAGAACUUCAUUAUUUGUUUCAAGAUUUUACUGUUGAGGCAUAGAAGUGAGUAGUGCAAGACAUCAUUUCUAGUAAAAUGCAUACUUUUUGGUUUUGUGCAGAGGAAAUGCAAUGGCGUAAAGCUUACUCUAGGCAUUCCAGAUGACCUUAAAAAGACAUGUCUGCAAAACACUUUGCAAAAGAACAAAACAAAGGAUUCCCUGUCCUCUUUUACAGCAUAGUACAGUUAAACUCCAAUGUGUUUUUGGAGAAUCUCCUUAAAACCAAGACAGCUAAAGCAUUAAGUCAUUGAUACUCAGCCUACCUCAGGAAUUCUGCUUCAAGUACUAUAAUGCUGGAGCAGUAUAACAGGUAGAAACAACAGCUACUGUGUUGCUUUAACCAUAUUGCCAUCACUGACAGCACCAAAGACAUCUCCAUCUUCAAAACAGGAAAAAAAUGUAAUCAUUUUCCUAAACCAAUGAAAAAAAAAAUCACUAUGUGUGUAGAGAAGACAAUUUAUAGAAGAAAUAUGAUUUGAACUGCACUUGAGCACCCACACUUUUAAACAGUAAUAGAUUCUUGAGAAAGAAAAAGAAAAAUCUUGUAAUGAAGUUUUGAUAUAUAUGAAACAACAGGCAUCACUCUUCCAGUGGUGAAAAGGAGUGAUUGUAUUGAUUGUGCCAGAACACAUUCUUGUGUACAAGAUCUUUUUUCAGAGCUCUUUGUUAGUAAUGAGUCUAGAACACUCAUUUAAAUUUACAAUACAAUGUAGUAUAAAAAAGAUCAUGAAUGCAAUAAUUUCUUCCACAACAACUCUGCCUUACUGGGAGCUAUGGGCAUGUCUUUGCCAGCCAACACACUAUCAAUGACUGGGAUCUAACUCCAUGUAAAUAAGAAGCUAACAUUAUACCUCUUCAUGGUCUUCAUCAUAUUCCUCUGGUUCUUCUGCUUCUUCAUCACCUUCUUUGUCUUUUGUUUUGUCUUUCUCUAGAAUUUUCUUCCUCUUCAUCCUUCUUUUCUAGCUCCUGUCACAAAACAAUCUCUUAACAAGAUAAUCCCAUGUUGCAGCAACAACAUGUCCUCCAUACUACUAAAGAGUUAAGAUACAGUUAACUGCAAGAUAGUUAGCAUAGCAAUGCUGUGCAAAUGUUGUGUGUCAAUAUUUAAACCAAUAUGAUGUGAAGCACAAGAACUUAAUAAGGAUUUACUUGGUCAAGCAUCAGUCAUAAAAAUCCAUAUCCUGUAUAAUAAACUGAGAUGAUUGUUUCCCUUUACAAUACACUGUUAGAACAGUUGACAGAAGGCCAUGUCAUACUUGACAAAGCAAUACCAUAUACUGUAUUUGGUAAUAGAACUGUUUCAAACAACUGGUGGAUCACCAGGAGGAAAAAUACAAAGCUGUUUCACCUUUAAGGUUCCACUGCCAUAUGGUAAUUGCCUACAAAACACAUCACUUCCUAAGUUUCUGUAUGUUUCAUCCUUCUCAACUUACUUGUUUAAGUUCUAACAUCAGUAGAUCGGUGAAACAGCAGCAGAUUUAAAAGCACGGACACCAGUCCUUCCUGUAAGCUCCAGCAGUAGCUCUACUGCUCACAUUAGGCAGUAUUUCUACCCAGUGAAGAGCAAUUAGUUGUUGUGUUCAGGUACAAACAAGAGCAAAGAAAGUAAUUUCUCCACAACCAGACUAUUCUUACCCUAACCUUUGCACCAUCACGCUGCAGAACAGUUGUCUGUCAGAGUAACAAGACACAACCAGAAAAACUCUGUGCUGGUUAUUCUGUUUGUACUAAUAAAGAUACUAGGUUUCAUCUUCCUUCAAUUUCUAUUAUAAAAUUUAGAAAUGGUAUGCAUAUUUUACCUCAAUUUUUUAAAUCACAUCCAGACUACUUUUAGGCUCAGAGCUUUUUUUGCCUUUUCUGUUUUGCGCCUGGUGAAAUAAAAUACAUCGAUAUCA